CCGCAGCCGUGCUUCCCAGCUGGGCCCUGCUCUCCCCCUCCCCCCAGCUCUGUGAAGCCACGACCUUUGCCCCUGCCCCCGUGUCCACCUCAGAGCCCGGCCUCCUGGCCACCUCCACGCCCAGCCUCGCCAUGGCCACCCUGGGCCUCCUCUGCCUCCUGCUGGGCUGGCAGGGGUCUCUGGCUGCAGUCUUCCUGCCCCAGGAACAGGCCACGCAGGUCCUGUGGAGGCUGAAGCGAGCCAACUCCUUCCUCGAGGAGCUGCGGGCAGGCUCGCUGGAGAGGGAGUGCCGAGAGGAGCAGUGCUCCUUCGAGGAGGCUCAAGAAAUCUUCCGGAGUCCUGAGAGGACGCGGCAGUUCUGGGCGUCCUACACUGACGGCGACCAGUGUGCCUCGAACCCCUGCCAGAACGGUGGCUCCUGCGAGGACCAGCUGAAGGCCUAUGUCUGCUUUUGCCUUGAGGACUUUGAGGGCCGGAACUGUGAGCGAAACAAGAAGGACCAGCUGGUGUGUGCCAACGAGAACGGGGGCUGUGAGCAGUACUGCCAAGACCACGAGGAGGGGUCACGCACCUGCCACUGUCACCAGGACUAUGUCCUCCAGGCUGACGGCCAGACCUGCACACCGAGGGUGCCGUUUCCCUGCGGGAAGAUCCCCAUCCUGGAGAAGAGAGACAGAGCUGGUCCCCAAGGCCGCAUCGUGGGGGGUGUGGAAUGUCCCAAGGGGGAGUGUCCCUGGCAGGCAGCCCUGAAGAUGAAUGGGCGUGUGCUGUGUGGGGGCUCCCUGCUGGCCCCCGACUGGGUGGUGUCUGCUGCCCACUGCUUUGACGGCUACUCUGGCCGUGGCAACCUCACCGUGGUACUGGGUGAGCACGACCUGCUGGAGGUGGAGGGCCAGGAGCAGGAACGGCCAGUGACGCAGGUCAUUAUCCCCGACGCCUACGUGCGGGGCAGGACGGACCACGACGUGGCGCUACUGCAGCUGGGGCAGCCAGCAGUGCUGGGGACCUGGGUGUCACCGCUGUGCCUGCCCACCAGCCCCUUCGCGGAGGCCACGCUGGCCCGGGUGCGCCUGUCGGCUGUCAGCGGCUGGGGGCAGCUGCUGGAGCGUGGGGCCACGGCACGCGUCCUCAUGGCCGUGUGGGUGCCACGCCUCAUGAGCCAGGACUGCCUCCAGCGCUCCCUGAAGGCCGCGAGGGCGCCCGCCCUCACCCCCAACAUGUUCUGCGCCGGCUACUCGGAUGGCAGCAAGGACGCCUGCCAGGGGGACAGUGGCGGCCCCCACGCCACGCCCUUCCGCAGCACCUGGUACCUGACUGGCGUGGUCAGCUGGGGCCAGGGCUGCGCCGCCGUCGGCCACUUUGGGGUCUACACCCGCGUGUCCCGCUACACUGACUGGCUCACCCGCCUCAUGGCUGCCGGGGGGCUCCCCUCCCAGGGGGAGGUCCUGCUCCGCGCCCCCCUGGGACCCCUCAGCCCACCCGCACCCUUGUCCCCCAGCCCUAGUCCACCCAUGACCCGAGUCCCCGCCCGUGACCUGGGUCCCCUCCCUGAUGCCCUGACCACUAGCUAUCCCGGGAAUUAAAUGUCUGUGGCCUUGC